AUGCGUGAAGAUAUACCGACCAAGGUGUCGGAUCUGAAACAAUGUCGAAUGGAACUGUCAGCGUUGAGGUCAGCACUCGUUGAAGCCUGUGAAGAGUAUACGUCGAAGCAUGGUGCAUUUAUGCGUUCCUUUCAAAAGACUCUAUUGAAACAAUCGCCAACCAAAUAUGAACGAUUGAUGGCGUCCAUUGAGAGUGUUGCUUUUUUGGAGAAACGUUUGAAGCCACUGAAAGCGAUUCGUUCGUGGUUUUUGCUGGCGGAUCAAUUGGAGGAUGCAAUCAGAUCGAAGAAUUGCAAUGAAAUUUGUUCUUCAAUUCAUCAAAUUGGAUCAAUUUCUUGCGAAGGAUUUGAUGCGGAAGUUGAGGAGAAGUUGUUGGAGAGAAGAGAGGAAUUGUGGAGAGAAGCGAAUGAUUCAGUGGGGCGAUUGCUUGCGGAUCUAUUGAGCGAAAUCGGUUAU